GCGCGAGAGAGACGUGUACUGUACAAGACCCGAGCCCAAUAUCAGUCAGCAUCCAAUCACAGCUUGGCUAUUCGCCUCGGCCUGCACCGUGUCCCAAACUUUGGGCCAAUCUGCGGGAAUCGCGGAAGACCCCAGCAUUCAUCUCCGACCUCCUUUCCCGCUCACCCAGAAAAACAUUGCGGUGAUAAAAAAUCCCGCCUUGCCCACCACACUUCCUUCUGCUCGGCAUUGGGAUCGUGUCUCUUUCUCCUUCUUCCCCCCCUCUUCUUCGUCGCUCCUUGGGCCGCUGCUGCCUUGCUUUACUUUUCUCUUUGUUUACCUUGGCCCCGACUUACAGGCGCAAUCCUCCCAAGUCUUCCUCUAAAAAAAGGCACCCGACCGCCCUCCAACGAGACCACUUCUCCCACCCUGCUACCGCCACCUCAAAUCUCGCACAAUGAGUAAGCCCAGUUGGAUCCAGUACGGCGUGCCCACGCUCGACCGCCCCUUCGGCCUCGAGCUAUGGCCCAUCUUCGAGCGAGUCUUCGAGCCCAUCGCCGGCUACAAACCUCAGGAUUUCCGCUUCGUACAGGGCGAGACGCCGCUCUCGACCUUCAAGACGUGCGCAGUCACGCUCAUUACCUACUACAUUAUAAUCUUUGGCGGCAGGGAGCUGAUGCGCAACCGCGAGCCCUUCAAGCUCAACUUCUUGUUCAAGGUGCACAACUUUUACCUCACAGCUAUUAGUGGGAUACUGCUUGCGCUGUUCGCCGAACAGUUGAUCCCCACGGUGGCGAGGAAGGGCAUUUUCUUUGCUAUUUGCGACUAUGAGGGCGGAUGGACGGAUAAGCUUGUCAUCCUGUACUAUCUCAACUACCUCACCAAAUUCGUGGAGCUGAUCGACACCUGCUUCCUGUUCCUGAAGAAGAAGCCCCUGACCUUCCUCCACACCUACCACCAUGGCGCGACCGCUCUUCUCUGCUAUACCCAGCUCAUCGGCCACACGCCUGUCUCAUGGCCCGUCAUUACCCUCAACCUAGCUGUUCAUGUCGUCAUGUACUGGUACUACUUCCAGAGCGCACGUGGCAUCCGCAUCUGGUGGAAGAAGUACAUCACCGUUGGCCAGAUUACCCAAUUCGUCCUCGAUCUCGGCUUCAUCUACUUCGCCUCGUACACGUACUUCACGAGCACCUACUGGCCACACAUGCCAAACCUGGGUAAAUGCGCAGGCGAGGAAUUCGCCGCCAUCUCGGGCAUCUGCAUCAUUACGUCGUACCUCUUCCUCUUCCUCGCCUUCUACUUCGCUACGUACAAGAAGCCCGUGCCCAAGGGCCGCCGCAGGGCUACGUCUGCGCUUGUGGAGAUGAAGGAUGAGAAGGUGCCGACUGUUGGUGAAGCCCGCAGGCGUCUUUCUGUCUCGCGCGUUGGCCAGGUGGUUGCUAAUGGACAUACCACAGGCGCCUCCCCCAACGGAACUCCCAAUGGGCGCGCUACCAGGAGCCGCAAGGCUUAAGGACGGCUUGAAAAACUGUGGAAGGAGCGCGGCGCAGAAACUCGAGCUUGGCUCAAGUCCCAAUUCCGAAGCAUCGCACGGUAUCUCUCACCCGUGUCGAACUUGAAGCCCUCCACGGCCUUAACGCAACUUUCCGCUUUCGGCCACCAGUCGCAAAUUUCACAACGUCUUAGGACCUUCCGCGCAGGCCCCGAGAACGACCCCGUGAACAGGAGCCACACACGGCUCCUUACCUUCAUCAAAUAUCACCCUAGAGGGCCACAUUUCAUAUUCCAUUGUAAUUGCUAUGUUUAGGGGAGGUGCCAAUAAGUGGUACACCCUGUGUUACGAUAAAAGCAUGUAAGAGCAUGGUCGUCGGUUGGAAAAUCACGAUGAUUACUGGUGUUGGGUUAAUUCUUUUUUUUUUGGGAGGGGGCAAUGGCGGCUCGCAAUGUUUGCUUGUUUGUUUGUACUACUAUACAGAACAGAAGAAAUGAAAAACGCAAUGCACUAUUACCAC